GUGUUGGCUUCAUUCAGUGGCGGGUUCCGCGGUGGACGCAGCUCCGGCGGGCGGGCGGGCGCUGCUCUCGCUCAGUAAGAACAGGUCCUCGGCCGGCAUCGCUCAGCGGGCAGCAGCCGCAGGAGGAGGUGCUGCGGAGGAAGGCAGGAUGCUGUCCCGACUGCGCGCGGCCGUGGUGCCCUGCGCCCUGGCGCGGCACGGCCUGCACACCAAGGAGAAGGGCAAGCCACUCAUGCUGAACCCGCGCACAAACAAGGGCAUGGCCUUCACCCUACACGAGCGACAGAUGCUUGGGCUGCAGGGACUCCUACCUCCCAAAAUAGAGACACAAGACAUCCAAGCCUUGCGCUUCCACAAGAAUCUGGCAAAAAUGACUGACCCCUUGGAAAAGUACAUCUACAUCAUGGGCAUCCAGGAGAGGAACGAGAAGCUGUUCUACAGGGUGCUGCAGGACGACAUCGAGCGCCUGAUGCCCAUCGUGUACACGCCGACGGUGGGCCUGGCCUGCUCCCAGUACGGACACAUCUUCAGGAGGCCCAAAGGAUUAUUUAUUUCCAUCUCAGACAGAGGCCACAUCAGGUCAAUUGUGAACAACUGGCCAGAGAACGACGUUAAGGCUGUCGUUGUCACCGAUGGAGAAAGAAUAUUGGGUCUUGGGGACCUGGGUGUGUACGGGAUGGGAAUUCCAGUGGGAAAGCUGUGUUUGUACACAGCCUGUGCAGGGAUACACCCAGAUAAAUGCCUGCCUGUGUGCAUCGACGUUGGGACUGAUAACCCAACACUCCUCAAGGACCCCUUCUACAUGGGGCUGUACCAGAAGAGGGAUCGCUCGCAGGUCUACGAUGACCUGAUAGAUGAAUUCAUGGAAGCCAUCACGGACAGGUACGGCCAGAACACCCUCAUCCAGUUUGAGGACUUUGGGAACCACAACGCUUUCCGCUUCCUGAGGAAAUACAGAGAGAAGUAUUGUACCUUCAACGACGACAUCCAAGGGACAGCCUCGGUGGCCUUGGCAGGACUGCUGGCAGCACAGAAAGCCACUGGGAAACCACUGACAGACCAGAAAGUGCUGUUCCUUGGGGCGGGAGAGGCCGCCCUGGGAAUUGCCAACCUGAUUGUGAUGGCCAUGAUGGAGAGCGGUGUUUCCUGUGAGGAGGCCUCCAGGAGAAUAUGGAUGUUUGACAAGCACGGCUUGCUGGUCCAGGGCCGAGAGCAGAAGGUGGAUUCCAACCAGGAGCCGUUUACACAUCAGCCUCCAGAGCACAUACCAAAGACGUUUGUCGAGGCAGUGAAUGUACUUCGGCCUUCAGCUAUCAUCGGCGUUGCUGGGGCAGGACGCCUGUUCUCCCAGGAUGUGCUGAAAGCCAUGGCUUCCAUCAACGAGCGACCCAUCAUCUUCGCCCUGAGCAACCCCACGGUGAAGGCCGAGUGCACGGCAGAGGAGGCGUACACCACGACCGAGGUGUCUGCCCUGGAAGCUCCAGGAGGAUUUUCAGGGUACAUUAGGGCAGGGCUGGCAGCGACUGGCAGGUCCUGGGCAGCAGGCUGUGGUUCUGAGGCGCUGUGGUUUCCCUGCGGCGUGGCUCUGGCGGUGAUCCUCAGCAGCGUCCGGCACAUCAGCGAUAAGGUUUUCCUAGAGGCUGCCAAGGCCUUGGCGGAGCAGUUGACAGAUGAAGAGCUCGCACAAGGAAGACUUUAUCCUCCGCUGUCCAAUAUCAGGGAAGUUUCUAUUUAUAUUGCUGUCAAGGUGAUGGAGUUCCUGUACGCUAACAACAUGGCCUUCCACUACCCCGAGCCCGCCGACAAGGACCGCUACAUCCGCUCCAAGGUCUGGACCUACGAGUACGAGUCCUUCAUGCCCGACGUGUACGACUGGCCCGAGUCCAAGGUGCACUGACGCGCCGCACUCCUCGGGCAGCACCGCCUACUCUGCAGGGAUCCCUUCUCACAACAACUAAAAUCACCGUCUUGGGCUCCUCUAAUUUAUUUGCGCUCAUUUCGUUGCCUUUUUGUUUGUUUGUUUUGUUUUUCCCCCCUUCCUUACACUCCGUUUUUUACCUGGUUUCUCCCAAGUACCUGACGAACGGUGUGGAUGACGGCCACAGGGAUGAGAGAGCCCUCCAAAAUUAAUUUAAACAGUGACAUUGCAUUUCUGGCUCAGAGCCAGCACCACACUGAAGAAUUCCAUUGAUGAUGUUUUCCACUCCAUGCGUUUGGUGAUGAACUGUAGCUCUCUCAUCUCUGCUGAUCUCCAGAAUGAUUUAUUUCUGCCUUUAAUAAUCAGUCUUCUAAUUGUCCCAGUGCUGUCACACUGCAUUAGCUGUGGCAUCAAGGGAGACCACUUCUCAUAAAAAAAAAAAGAAAGAAAAAAAAAAGAAAAGGAAAAAAGGGGCAGUUAAAGACAAGUUCAAGAGUCUAAUGGGCCUUCUGCUUUGUUUAAUGUUUGAAGAUGCCCAUGUCCUGAUAUCCUUGUGGCACUGGCUGCUGUUUCCUUGAGGGGCAGCCAGAUGUACACGUGUGGAGUCUGCAGCAAAGCUGGCAGUUUUGUUUUCAUCACUCGGUGAAAUCUGUUCUCAGGAAAAAUGUGAACUAGUUCAGAUUGUCCUUGGGAAGCCUGAAAAUCAUAUCAGUCACUUAACAGCUUUUAGAAACAAAGUGGCGCUGUCGCAGGGUAAAUUUUAUGGGGUAGAGGUAGGACCUGAAGUAAUUUAUGGAAAUCUCUUAGAGAUUUUACAAGGAAGUUUUACGCAAUGGACUUGAGAUGACGUACCAAAGGAUUUUUAUUUAAUUUUUUAAUUGUUUCAAGAUUCUGUUUUGUCUAAGCCAGGUUGUUUUCUCCCUUGCACCCCCUGGGCCUCACGAAAGGACUGGUGUGUGAUGUCCUAUGGCACUGCUGGCUGGAAAGCUCCACAGUGGAGUCACCUGGAACAAGCGCCCUGUAGGCAGCAGAUGAGGCUGAGAGUGGUGUCAGGCAGCUGUUUGCACCAGUCUGACUGAAUGUUUCCUGUGGCAGUGUGAGUACUGGACUCAAAAACGCCAUGCCUGCCAUCGCUCCACCUCACUCCACCUGCAGGUCUAGUUUGUCAGAGCUCUGGUGUGAAAACAGCAAUCUCCAGCGGAGUUUUCCCUUGCCAGGGGUUGUGCUGCAUGUUUGCUACAGAAACCACAGUGUGUGAUCCCCUGGAUGUGGGGCAGAGACUGAAGUGACCAGGGACAGGCAGGGACACCCAGUGAGGGCCAUGGGCUGUGACUGAAGUGACCAGGGACACCCAGUGAGGGCCAUGGACUGUGACUGAAGUGACCAGGGACACCCAGUGAAGGCCAUGGGCUGUGACUCCCCCAGGUGUGGUCCCUGCAGCCAGAGCAGUGAUGUGCCAGGAGCAGAAAUAAUCUGCUAAUAAAAAAUAAAAAAUAAAGCAGGAUCUGUGCUGUUUCCCAGCUUGCUGCAGCAAGGCAGGGGUAGGACAGGAGUAAAUAAAAUAGAGAGAUAGCAGCGCUGUGCUGGCAAACAUCAUCCAAGGAGAUAAAGUAAAGCUUGCUUGGGAUUUAGCCGUGGUAAACACUGCUCUUGUAUCCUCAGUUAUGUAGGAAAAUGCAGUCUCCACAGAACAGGCCAGAACAGAGCAGGGAAAAUGGUCUCAGAACCCCCUCAGGCACCUACAGCCCAGUCUCUGGCUGUAAAAUUACAUUGAAACAAAGAGCAGUAACUUUCCCCCUAAGUGGGGAGAGAAGACUGAUUAUAUAAACACAGAAAAGAGUGGUGCAGGGAAAAACCUGUGGUGUUGAAGCUGUGGUAAAGUGUUGUGUGGUGGGAAGUGCUUCACUGCUGAGUGCUGAGGUGCACGUGGACAGGAGCUUGCACUUGCGAGGAAAUGUACAAAAGACACCAACACACACACGCACACACACAGAGGAUUUCUACAAAGAGUGCUUUUUUCAUCUAUUUUUGCUAUGCCUUGUUUUUAUCGUAUUUAAGUUAGUGGUCCUACUGAAAAAUAAUUAUUUAUUCAGCGUAUGGAUUGUUUUUGCCUUCUGAAAACCCAGCUGUGUCUGAAGCCUGUUGUAUUGUGCCAGUGGAGUUGUGCAUCGCUGGGUUCCAGAGUUCUGGGAACACACGCCUCCCCGCUCCUGCCCCGUUAGACCAGUAACAAAACCACCCCAAAACGCACUGAUCGCACGUCCCAGAGGCAGGAGAACCGGUCCCUGUGGGAAACACAGGUCCACAGCCGCUCCUUCAGCCCGCUUAUUUUAUUUUCAAGGUUACGCUGCUGUCCGUAACCCGUGGCCACGGGUAGUGCCCAGGAAAAGCAGGACCUUGAGAAAGCCGCGCUGGCUGCGGGCAGCAGGGCCCUGCUUUGGGAUUUUUGGGUUUCCCGGUUCCCAAAGGGAGCAAUCUCCUCUCUGGCACAGCCUCCCUGCUGUCUUGCAGCAGAUGCCAGGAGGGAUUGCUGAGAGCCAGCUGGCAGCGGGGCUUUCCCGAGCACAAAUGUAAUUUUCCUGGGAAUCCCGCUGUCAGGAGCAGCCCCCUGGCUCUGUCCCCUGUGGCACCUGGGCCGUGCUCACCCUCCCGGGCUUUGUCUGGCUCUGUGCAUGCCCUGCAGUGUGGGCAUGUGGGAUUUUCCCUUCCACUGUUGGCAGCAGGCCACCUCACAGAGCGUUAACUCCAUUUCACCCCCUCUGCCUUCUCCUCCAGGAUAUCUUUUUUUUUGAUACGUCAAAUUUUCAGAUACACAGAUUCAUGCCCUGUUGUUCUUCAGGUACAAUUAAUCCUUGAACUAAUUACAACUGCUAAUCUUGCUGGCUAGUAAGGAACCAGUUUCCUUUUCCAUAUCAUUCUUAACAUGAUUUUUUUUUUUUUCUGUUUGCUGGCUUAUUCAAAAUAUUUACCCAUCUUUGUCUGUACAGAAAAUUCUCUUUAGACAGUAUGCAAAGGGAAACAGGUGUCACCAGGAUGCAUUUCGUUGUGUUACAUAGCGUAAGUUAAAAAAAUACAUCACCUAGAGGACCACCAGUGUUGUGGCUUGUCACACAGCCCCGGUGACUCGCCCUCCAAAUGAUACAAAAGACUGUCUUCCAUGUCUCUGGGGCACGCAGAACCCUUCCGAGAGCAUCAGGAGCUUCCCUGAGGUCAGGCUCUUCCAGGAUUUAUCCAGUCCUUGCUUCCUUAAAGUCAGCCUGGCUGAGCCUCUUGGCAGCGACCUGCAGGAACGUUCAGGGGACAGUAAAAGUGUCUAAUGAAGCACAGCCUUUCUUUAUAAAACACGUGUGUUUUCGUUCAGAGGUGUUGCAAAGGUCUGUGUGUUCCCGGAGCCUCUGCCCAGGUCUCCACACGGCACGUGGAAGGCGACGAUUAAAGUGCUGUGUCCGAUGUAUUUUAAACCCCCGGUGUGAGCCGUGGCACGAGUUCUCAGCUGCGUUUGUGGACAGUGGUGCAUCCUGACCCUUUGUGUUCGUUUCCCAAGCUUCAGACCGAGUGGCACUUACCCUGCAGAGUGGUGUGUAACAGGUUUCCUGUGGUCGGUGCGUGUCUUCCUCUCGUACUGUUGUUUCCAGCACGCUGUUUCAUGGGGAUAAAGUAACUCUGUCACACUCCUCCGGUAGUUCCUGCAAAGAUGAACGAUGCACCUUUUAGCUUCUCGUUAGCAGCCCUGCGUGGUGACUGUUCCUGUGGGAAAGUGGGGAUCACUGUUGUAGAGCUCCAACCCUGGUUUUAGUUCAGCUGACCCUGCCGCAGUCCCGGCUGGUUUUCCUUGACAGAGCUGCCGAGCCGAGCUCCUCUGUGGGUCACAGCUGUCUCCCGUCGGUGCCGGAGCACUUUGGGCUGCUCUUCCGUCCCGAGUGCUCCCUGUGCCCAGAAACGCCGUCAUCGCUGCAUUCCUGGGGAUGACCCGCGCCGCUGCCCUGUUCCGUGAGCGCUGCGGGCAGGUUGGUGUUCGUGGAGAGAGGAAACGCAGAGCCAAGCUCUGGCUGCAGAGCCAGGCUCUGGCUGCACUGCCUCGGCAGCUGAAUCUGAGCAAAGCCAUUCAGCUGCCGCUGCUGGAGGCACACCUGGCCCUGUGCAGACCCUGCCCGCUGCCAGGAGCGCACCAGCGCGGCGUCAGCGCGCCGUGGGGCUCCGGGCGAGCACCGAGCCCCACGGACCCUCAGUUCUGUAGCAAAAUACAGCUCUCCGUGGGCAUGGCGCUGGCUCGGGGAGCACAGCUGGAGGAAGAGCUUCUGUCACCGUUCGUCCUGCUUGUGCUGCUGGGCCGUCGUGUUCCCCGGGCACACGAGGCCAGCGCUGGACUGAACUCGGCUCGCCACCAACCACUGACUUUGGCUCAUCCCUGCCUCAGCUGCAUCCUUCCUAGCGGGAAUAAAAACACCCUUGGGACUGAAGAUGGCUGCUUUCUCAACAAAACGGCAAAAUAAUCUGCAUUUAUUUCUAUCUUAAACAUAUCUACCUUAGGCAGAUCAAUGUAAGCCUGCUGGAGCGCUGGUGGGAGCAGUUCCAGCCUGGUGUGUGCCGCUGUGCCGGGGAGGGCCAUUGCUCAGCUGAAACUAAAACUCUGUGUAAAAUGUGGACUGGUUGGGGUUUCUUCCUACUUUAUAACAUUGUAACUCUAUUGAAAUGUGUGUUCUAGUCUUCUAUUUUCUUAGUAAAAUGCAUUCCCUUUGCCUAA